UAGCGCAUUUUUUUCCCAGUUCCUCUCUCACUUGCUAGUUUCCUUACCACUCUCCUCGAUUCGCUCUCUUUCUCUCUCUCUCUCCCCCUGCCUCGCUUCUUGGUUUUCUUGCCCUAGACCGACCUCAGCGUUAGGGCGAAUCGAUUGCCAUCGAUCUUAUCCGAGAGGUUAGGGUUCGUAGAGAGAUUUUUUUCCUUUUUUUGAUCAGAUUGUCAUUUCUUCGAUUCGUUUAUCGACGUUUAUUCAUUCUUGGUGGAUAUUAAGGAUAGGAAAGUGAUUGGUAAAGGAGUUCCACUUGUAGCAUUUGAAACUACUGUAUGGCGAAGGUUGCUCCGCCCAGUUAUCUACCAACCACUUCUCUCCAGAUUGGUGGAGCUAGGAAGGUUCAUACAAGCACAAUGGUUAAGAGAAAGACACCAUCUGAGUUGAGGGAAGAACAGUUGAAGCGAAAGAAUACUGUAGAGAUUAUCGAUGAAUCUCCGGCCCCUAUGUCUGGUUCUAUAAGUGAGACGAAUAGUGGCCCUAAGAAACCAGAAUUGUCAAGGAACCCUAAAUAUAUUGACAUGCGUAUGGAUGGAGUAUAUCCUGCAAAAAAAUCUAGGUUUGGAAAGCUUUCUGGAAAAGGAAACGUUAAGGAAAGUGUCUCGAUGGAGCAACAAAACAGUUUGAAGAAUCUCACUGUACUCUCUAAUCUGGCUGCAAAAAAAAGAGACCAACUGUCAUGCAAAGAGAAUUCUGCUGAAGUUGCAAAAGAUGAUAGAUUGGAGGCUUGUCAGGCAACUGAAAAUUGUAGCCAGAGUACAUUUCGCAGUGUAACUGAACUUUCAAUGGGCGAUAGCAGAUUGUCUGGCUUUGCAGCUGUUAAUAUGGAUAAAGCAUUAAAAGGACUAGCUGCUCGCAAAUCUUCUGUCAUGACUGGUUUACCUGCUAACUCUUCGGAAAGAGAUGUGGAUCAUACACUGACUAAGUUAGGCAGUUUCUGCUUACCUGGUCAAAAGGCUCCUUUGGAUUUUACUUUGAAAACUCAUAUGCGGGUGGUAUCCUCUUCCCCUGUGACCUGGAUUCAUAGAUCAAUUAUGUAUCGUGCUGACACCGGAAUGCCUUGUUUCACACGUGAGGACCAGAGCAGGAGCCACAAUUCAGGGCUCCCAUCAACUUCCCCAGUCUUAAGUUCUAAAAUUUUGCAUUCAUGGGUUUACCCUCAAUCUAUCUUACCUCCUUCUCUCAUAUCAGUGUUGACCUCAUCAGCAUCUCAGGGAGUAGAGCUGGAUUUCUUAAGAAGACGACAGCUAGCAUGGGAGGACUCAUUCCGGAGUCUUUACUACAUGCUUCGAAAUGGCAUCUGCAAUAUAUUUUAUGUUUGUACUCCACAUUUUGUGGCGAUGUUUAAUGGUCAUCCUGGCUUGGGAAGAACAAAGUGCGUCUGCAAAGCUUAUGUCUCUCAGUCAACAAGAGGCUUACGUUCCUUAUUAAGAGAGCAUGAUGUUUGCUUCUCUAUGCCUCGUUGCCGUUCUAAAGUUGAGCAAGACAUGACUGAAGAUCUUGCUGAGCUAUUGGAGAUUGAGAAGCAGAAUUUGGGCCAGACUGUACGCCUGAAUUCUUCACCUGAUAUUGAUAGUACCCCAGACUCAUUGCUGGUUUUCAAUGACAAUAAGGACGUACAUGGUUUGUAUGAUAUUUUGUUAAACUAUAGAUCUUUCUUGACAGCAUUUGUUGGAAUGGAUGUUCCUGUAUUGUACUCACCUGUGCCAUUUCAGAAUGCUUCCUUUUCUACUCCAGAGGUUAAAUUCAUGGAGUUGAAAAGAUCAGAGCAAAAUGCUGCUCAUGAUAGAGGAUCCAAAGAGAAAGAUGGUGAAUUAAUGCAAAGCUCAUCUUCCAAUAUCUGUUCCAGUGUAGAAAUUAAAGAUUCGUUUAUUCCCCCAUGGAUUAUUUGCAGUAUAUGUUCUGUGCUGGGAUCUGAAGGGAGAAGCUUUGAGGCAAGUUUUACGACGGAACCUACAACAACCGCAUUGAAUGCUGCUGUAGAAGCAGUUUGUGAGAUAUCUGAUGGUCAAGCUAAAUCAGGUGAAGGGUUGCAAGAAUCAAGUUAUUCUUUUGGUAUUCCAGAAGCCAUAGUUACUCCUCACUUGCGUUCAGCUCCAUUACAAGGAUUGAAGUACUCAAGCUGUUCUUAUAUGGCUACACUUUCUCCUGUAUGAUGUUCUACAUUAUUUCAAAUUCAAAGAACUGUAUGUUACCGUUUCAUGUUUUUUAUCUUUUUGGAACUUUUUAUUGCGUAAUCAAGUUUUGAGAAGCUUUAAACGUAUCGGGAAGUUACCCCCAUCCGCCCUACUUCAGAGUGGAAGAAUUGACGUGGUACGUUGUCUGCUUUUCAAAAUAAAUCUUUCCUAUAAAAACCUGUGUAUUAAUCCUCUCUAUCAUUCAUAUUGAUGUAAUAUUUUUUAUUUCUAAAUUUAUGAACUAUUAUUACAGCUUUCGGAUUGUUUAA